CACAGCUCGAACGAGGAAGCACUCCCAGAAAACCUUACUUGCCCUUGCGACCUUACCAGCGCUCUGGAAGACGCUCCGACAGCACAAGACCCCAACGGUGCCGGUAUCCGCGUUUUAGCACUGAGUAACGCCAUGUCAGAGUACGAAGACCUUGUUGAACUCGGUUUCGAAGGCGUUGACAAAUUUGCAACGAAAUACCAUGACGUUUUUGCAGAUAAAGUUGGAUCGCUGAAGCAUAAGAGAAAGAACAAGUUCAAGCAGGGCGCAAAGGGCCCAAAUGGCCCCGAAGGAGAGCGAAAAAUGGAUGGAGAUGCAGCGUUCACUGGUCCGCAGCCACCAUCGCACCGGUACGAACGCAACGAGCCGCUUCCUCCACCUGAGGAACAUUUAGGGAACUCGCAACUUCCCAUGCCAGGAUUUGGGCAGACAGCGGACAGACAGCGGCAGUAUCCGCCGUUUGUUCCGACUGCUCAGGGGAGACCGGAACCGUUGGCGCCGGAUAGAGGACCGCCCCCUUCUAUAGGUGCGCAAGUGCCACACUACUAUUACCCGCGUAACCUCGAUCCGUACGCCCAGUCUUUUGCUCCAUUCCCGAAGCAGCGUGCUAUGUCCGACCCAGGUGACUAUUCGAGCGAUAGUGAUUCCACACAGGACUUGGAAGAAGGGAAUCGAGACACGUACGAGCCAUACUCGACCAGUAAUAGGAGAGCAGAUAGGCGGAGCAACAGAGUGCGGCGUGAUCGAACAGCGGGUGACGUAUAUGCAAGCAAUCUAGAAGAGAAGUCCAUGUAUGGCUAUCGGCCAGAUGAACGCCAGGCAUUUAGGAGGGAUCAAAAUGCCUCUAGAAAGCUUGAAAACGGAGAGGAUCGUAUGCAAAUCUAUAGACGCAAUGGCGAUUUCGAGAAGCGUGUAGUGGAAGAAAGGGAGUAUUACAGCAGCACUCCCGACCGAUGGGCGAAUGGGACGCGGACUGGGGCGAUGAUGUCGCGACGACCAGAAACAGACGACUUCGAAGCUGCGCAUGGGCGAAGACGACCACGUCCUGCUCGAAGAGGCUCAUCUUGGUCUCCCCCUCGGCGUCGUUUGGACGAGGAUCAGGGUUCGUCACGACACGGGCAUGGGCCACGUGCCCGAUCACCAAACAGCUAUCGCACCAUCGGAACUAUUGUAGGAGCAUUGGCUGGAGGGCUAGCUGGAAGCCAAGUGAAGAAGAGUGAAGGCGUUCCCAAUACCAUGGCUGCGGUUGCGGGCGCUGUGGUGGGAGGUUUAGGAGCAAGGGAGGCGGAAAAGGCUAUAGACCGGCGUCGAGAGCAGCGGCGAGUUGAGGAUAGAUGGGGAGCAGAGCGUGAAGAACGGCGUGCUCGCAGGCGUUCAAGUCGAGAGGGCUACGAGCGACGGUGGGAGUGA